AAAAAGCCUAGCAAUUAUCAAUAGUUGGCUCUUCCAGCCGAUGAGAAAGAGUGAGCCGUUCUCGGGAUGAAGGAAUGAUUAUGAAGGAGCGUGCUCCCGACGGCACACUUCCUCCGUCGCCCUCCUUCCCACGGUCACCUUUAAAUACUACCGGGCACCCACCUCCGCUCGCCUCUGAAGACGGAGCCUCUCCGGCGACGGCUAUUGGAUUCCGGCCGAACCCCAGCCAGGCGGCGACGACGGAGGACCUCUUCGAGGAAGACGUAAUGUGGGGGAAUGGCGAACCAGCUUCCAGAGACCUCGCAGUCGUGGUUCGGGAGAUGACGACCAACGGUGCCCCGGAGUCAGCUCGCUCGCCUCCGUUGAGCAUUCCAGCGAGAAAGAUCAGGAAGUCAGGGGCGUUUCGCGGUGGGGACAGCGAGGAGUCGGACGAGGAGGAGAUGGUGCCUCCGCACAUUAUCAUCGAGAAGCGGUUCGCCGGAGAUGGCCGGAAGACGGCGUCCUCGGUGGUCACGGGAAACGGGCGGACUCUGAAGGGGAGGGACCUGAGGAGGGUGAGAAACUCGGUGUUGAUGCAGACGGGCUUCCUGGAGGGACGCCUCCUCCCCUCAGAAUUAUCUCUCUAAUUUCUCUCUUUUUACUUCAUUUGAACAAAAAAACAAAGCAAAGAAUUACUCAGCACAACGAGGAUUUGUGGGUGCUCAAAUGAUUUGAAGAAUUUGAACAUGUAUAAUAAUUCCAGUUAACAAAAAAUAAAAGAAAGCUUUCAUUCGCUUUCCAACA